AUGCACCGUCAUUUCUGCACUCGCACUGCUGCCAGGCGCUCUUCUCACUUGCAACGGCCGCUCCCUCCCGCUUGCCACAGACUAACUUUCUCUCCCCCCCCCGUCUCCUCUGCCUCGCAGGUCCAUUCUUUCAAAUCCCCCUCGCCGCGCCCACUCUGCAUCAAGGCACCCCCUCCGCCUGCACCACCACUGCUCCAAGUUUCAGCUAAGGCAUUCGCCUCCUUGAAGCUUGCCUCUCAAGUGAUUUCGGUUGAUUUGGGAUCUGCUUCUUUUCUUUCUUUCCAUUCUGUCAAAUCUCGCCGCUGGUUGGGGCAUGACUUGCAAGCCACAGACCUUCCUUUUCUUAUUCCAGUGGCCCCUCCCUCUCAUUUGCCUUGCAUGCUCAGCUCUUGCACUUUCACCCUUCGUCCCCUCGAUGUCUACCCACCAGCUCUGCGUGUGUGCCUUGCAGGUGGGGGGGAGGGGUGUGGGGUCAGCACCGCCAUUCCCUCACGCCUCUCCCCGGUGGCCGUGCAGGGAGGGACGCACACGGGAAGGCGGGGAGGGGGCUACAGGGGAAGGAGUCACCUGGUUCUGCUGCAGCUGCCCUCUUCUCGCUCUCACGCCUUACAGCUAAGUUCCCUCAACCCCUUGCCUGCCUCGCCAUGUCUUGUGUACUUUGCUGGCAUCUCGUGUUUGCAUGCGCUUUCGCACCUUCCUCUUGAAACAGUGCCACUGGUUGGGCCCGCCUCACAUGCUGCAGACCCCCUUACUUCAGGUAACCCUCUCAAGUGCAGGUAUCCCCUCAGGUGGAGGGGAGGGGCGGGGGUCAACACCGAUGCUUCCCCACGCCCCUCCCCUGUGGCCGUGCAGGUACCCCGUGGGGAUGGGAGGGAGGCAGCACUGCCAAUCGCUGCACCAAGGGAGAGUAUCGGGGUGGGCUUGGCCUCUCAAGGUGCAGGUGUGCAGGUACCCCCUCAGGUGCAGCCCUUGGGUCUGCAGUUUGUGACUUGGCCUCCACCAGUGGCCCCUCCCCUCUCCCGCCUUGCAAAUGCCAUUCCCUCUCUUGCACUUUCACCAAUCAUCCCCUCGCUACCCACUGACCAGUCUGCGUGCGUGCCUUGCAGGUGGAGGGGAGGGGCAGGGGUCAACACCGACGCUUCCCCACACUCCUCCCUUGUGGCCGUGCAGGGAGGGAGGCUGGAAGGAGCGCUUUUGCACCUUCCUCGUGUUGGAAGGGACUCACCUGCUGCUGCUGCACCUGCCAAGUGCUCGCCCUCACGCCUUCAGCUACCACCACCACCCACAGCCGCACCAGAUAAGGCUGCUCUCUGCUCUCCCCUUGUCAAUGCUUUUUCUCUCUCACACAUGCACUCGCACAUGCAUGCACAUAUCAUCUCUCCAUCCAUGCUUCAUCCAAACCAAGCCACUUGCAGCAGCCUUGCCCACAUUGUGCAGACCCCCUAUUCCAGGUAUCCCCCCUCUUCCGGCCCCCAGGUGCAGCAGCGCAGCCGAGCAGUAGUGCAGCAGCGCAGCCGAGCAGCAGAGUAG